CCAGAUCUUGAUGAGUGAAGACACUUAUAGGGGGUGGUGCUGAUUCCAAGGUCCUGUCCCCUAAUUGGUUCUUGACCAAUCAAUAAAAAUGCCAGGGGCCAAUUGCUGGGUGGAAUGAAAGAGGCGGGACUUCCGGCUAAGAGACACAGAAAGAGAAAGGGAGAUUUUGUUAUGCUUCGGAGCGAGAAAAGGUGACCAGCCACGUGAGAUAUCAGGUGGAGCGACCACGGCCACCUCCCGAGGCAGGAGAUUAGAAAUGCGACUAAACAAGAAACUAAGAGAAGUUUUUGGUUGCUGAACAAGGAGAAGACGUGGAUUGCCAUUGCAAUUCUGGAGCCUUACAGUCAUGAGGAUCUGAAUUCCAUCACUGGACCCCACAUUGGACAAAACAAAACAGCCGGAAAAUGAGCAUCACGGACAUCCUGAGCGCUGAGGACAUUGCGGCAGCCCUGCAGGAAUGCCAAGACCCAGACACCUUUGAACCACAAAAGUUCUUCCAGACAUCGGGCCUCUCCAAGAUGUCUGCCAGCCAAGUGAAGGAUAUCUUCCGGUUCAUAGACAACGACCAGAGUGGAUACCUGGAUGGAGAUGAGCUCAAGUAUUUCCUACAGAAGUUCCAGAGUGACGCCAGAGAACUGACUGAGUCAGAGACCAAGUCCUUGAUGGACGCGGCGGACAACGACGGAGACGGGAAGAUUGGGGCGGAUGAAUUCCAGGAAAUGGUGCACUCUUAAGGCCCAAGUCUACGGAAGAGAGAGAGGGGAAGGGGCAAAUCUGCCUGAAGGUUUCAAAAGCCCUGGGACUGGGAAGCUCCCCAACCUCUCCCGAACUACUUUACCGAGUCCCCCGAAGCCCUUCUGCACCAUGUUCCUUGUUGAGGGAAUGCAAUGGUUUGUGAUGGUGGGUAGGUCCUGAUAACCUCUGUAAGCACCCCCCCCCCGGCAGACAAUGCCUUUAAAAACCACCCAAUAAAAUCAUUUCUCAUCA